UCCUGUUUUCCAGGGGAUUAGAGACAAGUGCGGCGCCCCAUGAUGAAGGGAGAUCAAGGGCCAGGCGGACCUCCAGGCCCUCAGGGACCCAGAGGAGAGCAGGGUGAACCAGGACCUGACGGAUCCUCUGGGAUACCUGGUAUACUUGGGGAAGAUGGAGUGGUCGAAUCUAAGGGUGAGAUUGGUUUGCCAGGACUGCGAGGGACAGAGGGUGCCUGGGAAAGGUAUUCCUGGAGAAAAGCCUUUCUCACGCGAAGGCUAUGGAUUUCUGCCUGCAUGGGAGACUGCUACCUGUCAUUGUUGUCCCCUUACCAAGUGGUGGGGUGCAGACAGCAGUUGAACCCUGGGCCAUGUUGGACCCUGAGCCAUGUUGGACCCUGGGCCGUGUUGGACCCUGGGCAGUGUUGGACCCUGGGCCGUGUUGGACCCUGGGCCAUGCCCAGUUCUGGUACGGAGGUUGCCAGGGCAACGGAAAUCAGUUUGAGUCGGAAGCCAGGUGCAGGAGCACCUGCAUCCGCACGUAACAGACAGUUGUGCUUUGGUUAAAGAGAGGAGGGCCGUGUGCAAAGCCUGCACAUUUCCCAAUGUUGAUGUCAGAGGGAUGCACUGAGGACAUGGGCUCCUAUCUAUCUAUGGCUGCAUCCAAACUCUCCCAAGGAUGUGGAGUGUGUAAGUGCAUAUUUUGGGAUAAGGGUGGAGAAUCGGGACACAGCCUCUCUAUCCGUUACAGUUGGACCAAAGCUCAGGUGAACGACAGCACUGCUACACUGAUGCUCCAGAGAGGACCUGUAUACUCUAUUUCUCUAUUGUGUUAUUUAUGUAGUCUGUGAACCACCCCCUGUACUGUACAAAUAUUCUACCUCUAUAUUUUUUAUAUUUUCACACACCCUUGUUUUUACUCAUUGUGUUGCUUCAAAUAAUUGUCCAUUAAAAGACACCUUAACUUCCAAACCAAAAACAUUGAACAGAUUCUCACAGGUCAGGAGUCUCAAAGAAAUUUAGAAAUAUAGAAAUAGAAAUAUAGAAAUAUAAUUUCAUGUUGAAAUCUUGACUAAGUUCAGUACACGUCUUUAGCUAACAAUCUGAAUGUGAUAUUGCGUUAGACCUUCAGAAAUCUAUAGAACACAUUAAGUACAUACUUCUAUUUUCAUUUGAACAAAAUAUCAUGUUAUAUAUAUAUCAAUUGUAAAAUACAUAUAUUUACAUUGUACAACAAAAGCAAAGAAGGAAAUGUGAAACUCAAACUGAAUGAACUUAGCUGUUUGUUUGAAUAAAUAUAUCAUAAAAUAUACACAAAAUAUAGAAUGCCCGAAUCAUAAGAACCUUUAAUAAAUAUCAUAUGUACAGAUAAGACCUACACAGAUUAUACGAUUAACAGUUGUGGUCGAUAGUGCAAGCCUACAGUUAAAGGCAAAUUCUGGAAGAUUCCUUGCUUCUCAAUGCAAAUUUGAAUAAUGAUA